AUGGCGUCUCUGCUCGGGUUUGCCCACAAGCAGGGCCAGAACCGGCGAUCAUGGCGCCGGCGGUACUUUGUCAUCUCACCACUGUCGUCCACGUCCUCCAUGCUCUCUUACUUUACCACUGAGGGCGAGGCCCGCAUUGGCGCUCCAACCUCCAGAAAGGGCUGCAUGGUGUUGGGCAAAGGCACGCGUGUCCUAGAGGAGCACGAGUGCCGUGUCAAUUGGCCCAGCAGCACCUUUGUCUCCGGCAGUGGGCUUGGCAUCCAAACACAGCAUCGCACGUUGUAUCUUCAUUGCAAGAGCCCUCUGGAGGCCAAAGACUGGAAGAAUCUCCUGCGUGCUCGCAUUCAGCAGCACACUGACGUUGUUGCGGAGAAGAACCGGCGUGCUAGUCAGCUCUCCACGUCCCAACUCUCCGAGUUUUCAGAUGAUGGCGACGAUGAGGGCGGGAGCCACGACACGCGGCUGAAAACGGUUGUGCUGCGGAAGAAGAAGCACGGCGACCUGGCUGUGCUGUGCAAGCAGCUCGCUGUGCGCAACGCCACGCUCAACGACCAGGUGUACGAGCUGGAAGGACAGGUGCAGCGCACGGAGGAGGAGAACUCGUGCCUGCACCGCUUCUCCGCGUAUCUGCGCACAGUGCUGCUGCAGCACGGCGUGGGCCUGGAGUCGCUGCUGCCGUUUGAUGCGUUUGUGAAGGACCCGUCCCUCUACAGCACAAGCGGUGACGAUGAUGAGCAGUGGGGCUUUGACUCCGAAGACGACGACGACAACGACACCACCACCGCUAACAGCACCACCACCACCAUCACCAGCAGCAGCGCCACCGCCAGCACGUUGGCCGGUGGCAGCGGGCGUGACGAGGAGCUCCGGCGGCGAGAUGUGGCGGCGGCGGUGAUUCAGCGCUGGUACCGCGGGUGCGUCGUCAACAGGCACUUCACCAAGGUCAAGGCGACGGCAAACGAGCGCGGACGGCGGCGCACGCUGGACAGGCAGCGGCUCAACGCAAAGGUGCACCCUCGACACGGCGACAUCCACGCCCGCCCGCGGCUGCCAACCACGUCGCUGGCAAGCAGGGAGCUGUGGGAGGAGGCCGUUGGCGGCAGCAACAGCGGCAGCACGGCAGCAUCGCCGCACCUGCGCAGCGUGGGGCACCCCUCUGUGUCGUCCAUGGGUGCAGGGCUGUCGACCGGUGGCGUGCGGCGGACAGCGAGCAUGGCGCGACGGCCGUCGUAUGGGGGGCGGCGGCUGACGGCGGCGAUGAUGCGGCGGCUGCCACGGCAGGAGGAGCGGCACGAGGAGGCCGACGAGGACGCAGCCGUCGCCGCAGCGAAGAAGCAGAAGCAGCAGCAGAUGCAGGCAGAUGAAGCCAAGCCGUCCGCGACAACGACAACAAAGACAACAAAGACAACAAAGACAGCGACAGCGGCAGGGGCAAGGGGUAGCGGUGCAAGCGGCGCGAACAAGGCGGCGCGCAAGUCUGUUGAGAUUAGCUUCUCGCCCCCGGCAGAGGACGCGAGCACGACCACAGCGGCGCCAACGGCAGGGAACGGCAGCAUGGCUGACCAGGAGUACUUCCACAUUGGUGGCGCGGAUGAGCAUGCUGCGUCCGCCACCACCGCCGUGGACGUGGACGCGGACACGGCAGCAGGGACGUCGUCCAAGACGGCGACGAUCAAGUCGCUUUCGGCCGUCAGCGAACCGGUGUCGGCGGAUGCAGAGGCGACGGAGCUUGAGCUGGCGCGGCUGGCGAUGUACCGCUUCAACAAGAACCCGAGCAAAGGCAUCCACGACCUCAUGAUGUGCGGCCUCGUUGUCGACGACCCACAGGAGAUCAUGUCCUUCUUGUGCCAGGAGCCGGGCAUCAGCCGCGCCAAGCUGGGCGAAUUCCUCGGGUCUGACGAGGACCGCAGCAAGGCAUGCCUGCAGGCAUAUGCCAACACGUUUGAUUUCACCAACGCGGCGAUUGACGUGUGCCUGCGCCUGUUCCUGCUCGCCUUCCGCAUCCCGGGCGAGGCGCAGAAGAUUGAGCGGGUGAUGGCGGCGUUUGCGCACCGCUACCACUCGUGCAACCCGACGUGCUUCUGCCACGAGGACACGGCCUUCAUCCUGGCCUUCUCCAUCAUGAUGCUGCACACGGACCUGCACAACCCGAGCAACGUGCGCAAGAUGACGCUCAACGAGUUUGUGCGCAACAACCGCGGGAUUGACGACGGCGGGGACGUCCCACGCGAUGUGCUGGAGGGCAUCUACUCGCGCAUCCAGGCCGAGGAGUUCCAGUGCUGCGUCGACCACACCAACAAGGUGGAGGACCUGGAACAACGGCUCACGGGCCACGUGCCUGCAAGCAUCGUCACGGAGACGCGCCAGUUUGUGCGGACGGCGGACGCGAGCGAGCUGUACCGCAGCAAGAAGGACAGUGCCAAGAAGGGGGCGGCGGUGAAGCGCGUCAUCACCUUGCUCAUCUUCAACGACAUGGUGCUGGUCGCGUCGCAGGCGCGGUCCUCGCGGCGCUACCACAUCCGCAAGGCAUUCGACCUCUUCACCUCCUCGCUGCACAGGGAGACGGAGCACGGCCCAGAGACGUACAUCCUGCACAACAAGGAGAGUGGAAGCAGCAUCCGCUUUGCACCUGACGACCAUUCCGUCAUCUCCGCCAUCCAUGACGCAACCCGCCUUUGCGCUCGCGUCAAGACGUUUUCAUGGGCCGACAGCAGCUGCUGA